UGUUAAAUUCAUAUUACCAAGCAAAUCAUAAAAUACGUAAACGUUUUUCAAGCAUUUUGGCAGCAGAUGAAAUUUUAAGCUGUAUGGCUCUUCUUUAUUUCAUGUUACUGAAAUAUGUGUAACUUUUAAGUAAAAUUUUCAUUAAACACAUAUACUUAUGAUGUCAAAAACAUUUUUCGAACUAGGGCUUCUUGUAAUACAAGUACUACCAUAUUCAUCUGUCUGGUACUUGUACUUGUAAUCAACUUAAUUUCACCGGCAUCUAGCCUCCUAAUAUACGGAGUGCUAAAUUUUCUACAACUUGGCCAUUGAAAUUUGGCGACUGAUUCCCUAUCGCCUUGGUAACCCUGAGUCAAAACAGAAAAUGGCUUCAUGUAAGAUGAGUGUUGAUGAGUCGGAGGAAAAUAAGUGCGAUGAGAAAAAUAGUGACGCACUUUAUUCUAAGUCAGAUCAAGAACUAAAGAAUGUAUCGUUUAUUAAAAGUGUUGUUCUGUCUCCUCAUGGCCACCUGAAGAAAAGAACGGAACAUUGCUUUCGUAAUUUACCAGGUCUGCCUGCGGCUGAAGAUCUCCAUAACAAGGGUAAAUCAUCUAUGAAAAGUAAGAAAUAUGCAAAUGAAAAACAUCACAAAAAGCCUGAAAAAAUUAGAGAUAACUCUUCAGUGCAUCAUACUAAAAAGAAAAAGCAUAAGGAGAAAGAUAAACAUGAUUACCAUUCCCUACAUAAAGAUAAGCAUCAAUCAAAGCACCGAAAUCAUCCAAAAGAAAAAAAUACCAUAGAAAAACCAUUUCAUAAGCAUAAAGAGCACAGUUCAUUUUCAAAUAAACUUUCAUCUCUUUCAAAUGCUUCUGUUGAUAGAUCAACAGAUUCGGUGUUGAAGCCCACCAAAAAUAAAUCAUUGUUGAGCAAAAGUGCCUCCAGUGAGAACAGUACACCUGUCUUAUCACAUCAUACUGUACCUGUGCAAAAUGUAAAAUUUAAUGAUAAGGAUGAAAAACUGCAUCAGUCAUGCAAUAUUAAUUGUUCACAAAAUGGCAGCAUUUCUUUCCAAGAAGUAUGUUUCUCCAGUACUUUUACUGGAGAUGCAGGUUCAGAGAAUGAUGUUUCAGAAGAUCAUUGCGAGUCAGAUAGUGCAAAAAUUGAUGAACACCCACAUAAUAGUUCUGUGCAUAUAUCAACAUCCAGUGUAACAGACGCUGUAAAAAGAAAAAGAGAUGAUUUAUCUUGUGAUCAAGCUGAUUCUAUAAGCAUUGAAGAUUAUCCGAAGUCUAAAAGGAACAGAAUUGACUCUUUGGAUGAUAACUGUAUCCCUCAUAUCAAAGAUAUAGAUACAUCAUUGAAUAUUUCUGCAAAUUUGUUAGCUUCAGACCCUGAUGCACAAACAGUAUCUCUUACCACAGAGAAUUCAAAUAUAUUAAAUACAAAACAUAUGGUAUCAGAGAGGACAUCUCCCAUAAUGUCUCCAAGAGAAAAUUCAUCUAAUCAUAAUGGUCACAUCUCUACAUCUGUGUGUACGAAACUUUCUGGUGGAAUAUGUAAUGGAGAACAGUUAACUUCUGUUAAUAUGUUAGUGCCUGAAAUUCAUAAUGAUUGUAUAACUGCAGAUACGAAUUGUGAUACAUCUAGGACCACAGAUAUGAAAUCAGUUGAUUGUGAUCUCCUUUGUCCAAAACAAGAUAGUGUAGUUGAUGGUUAUUCCAAUAUAAAUCCGGAAAAGAGUGAAAAGGAAUCAAGUUAUUCCUUUUCUUCUAAUGAGUCACCAUACUCAGUUUCUAAUUCUUGUUGUUCUUCUCAGAUCUCAAGUUCAUAUACCUCACAGAAUAGUUGUAGUACUUCUGUUGUAAUAACUAAAUCAAAUGAAAGGACAGAUAAAUCUGAAAGCUCUGAACUACAGUCUGGAAUAAAAAAAGGUAAUGAAAAGCUAAAUUCAUCAAAUAACUGUUUCCAAAAUAACAAAAAGAAAGAAUCGGAAAGUUCUAAGCAUUCAGCAAAAAACUCUAAGAGCUUGUCUCAUGUAUUUAAUUCUAAAGAAUUAAGUGCCCAUGGUACCAAUAAACAUGUAUCGUUAUCAGUUUCAUGCAAAACAAAAUCAUCUUCAGAUAAACAUAAAUUAACUAAAUCAAAGCAUGAUGGUAAUUCAAAAGAUAAGAUUAAGAAAAAACAGAAAACUCCAAGUGUAUGUGAUAAAAAUUUAGGCGAGGAGAAAAAACAUGAUAACUCUCAUGUUGAAAAAAAAGCAAAAUCAGCUAAAGAUCUUAAGCAUUGUUCAAAAAGUACACAUUUGUCAAAUUCUGAUGUAAAGAAAGAUUCUCAUAAGGUAAAAAUUGAGAAGGAUGGUAAUGAAGUAAAAACAAAACACAAAUCAAACUCCAUUUCAUCAUCAUCGUCGUCAUCAUCAUCAUCAUCAAAAUCAGAUCUUUGUUUGCGUUGCCGUCAGAAAUUGACCAGUCAUAGAAAUGUGAGUAUUCAGUGUAAAAGGGAUAGGCAUGAUAAAAUAACUGAAAAAUUAGGUGUAUCCCAGAGAAUUCCACGGUUGCCUCAAGGUCUAGAUUUGAAACAUUUGAAAUAUGGAAAAUACAUAAGGCUUGAAGUUUAUCCUAAUGGGGGUGCUGCUCUGCUUCACUUAUACUGGGAUGAAAUUUGUCAUUUGCAUCGUAAAGAAUUAAGGGCUUUAGCAGAAGAAUUCUUAAAGGAAACCUUCUUAGAAGAGCCAUAUGGUGUUGCAAGGUAUGUGAUGGGGAUUGUUCAUAAUGCUGCUGAAUAUCUGCCUGAUUUACUAGAACAUUUUGCAGAAAAAUAUCCCAGUCUUGUGGUUAAAACUGGUGGUUUGGGACGUCAGUCAGAUAUUGAAACUACAACAAUGGCGAGAUACUGUGACCAAGUACAUGCUCAUUAUAGUCAUGGUACAUUCAGAACAGGACCUUUACAUCAGAUAAGCCUUGUAGGAACUGUUCAUGAAGAAGUUGGUGGAUACUUUCCAGAAUUUUUACAAGUGUUAGAAGAAAAUCCAUUUUUGCAUUUAACUAUGCCAUGGGGACCAUUAUCUGUAGUUCAUAUGAAUCCUCAAGAAAGUAAUGAUGGACCUAUUUUAUGGGUUAGACCUGGUGAGCAAUUAGUUCCUACAGCCGAUUUAUCAAAGUCUCCUUGCAAACGGAAAAGGAGUGCAAUGAAUGAACUACGUAAGCUACAGUAUUUACCGAGAUCUACUGAACCUCGUGAAAUGAUGUUUGAAGAUAGAACAAAAUGUCACGCAGACCAUGUUGGUCAAGGUUUUGAUCGCUUGACAACUGCUGCUGUUGGAGUAUUAAAAGCUGUUCAUUGUGGAAAUGAAUAUACCUCUAAUCGUAUAACCAAAGAUGUGGUUGCCUUUCAUGCUGGUGACUUCAAUGAAUUAGUCGAAAAAUUGCAGUUAGAUUUGCAUGAGCCUCCAGUAUCUCAGUGCGUACAAUGGGUGGAAGAUGCAAAACUGAAUCAGCUGCAUCGUGAUGGAAUACGCUAUGCUCGUAUUCAACUGUGUGAUAAUGAUAUUUAUUUUUUACCACGAAAUAUUAUACACCAGUUCAGAACUGUAAGUGCAGUGACUAGUAUAGCUUGGCAUGUUAGAUUAGCACAGUAUUACAUUCCUCCAAGUGAUAAUGUGAGUGAUGCAAAUGCUUCACAGCCUAAAGAUAAGAAAUCAAAACUUGACAGCUGUGAAGUUUCGAGUUCUAAGAAGAGAAAUAACUCUGGAACAUCCAGUAAAGUUCAUGUUAAGCAUGAGAUGUCUAAGAAUGCUGAAAGGAAUCAAGUGGGUGAUUUUAACUCUAAACAUAUAAAACAGGAACCAGUUAAUGAUUAUACUAAAAAUUCUGCGAAAGGUACUGAUGUUGAAAGUGCUUUAGAGAGUUCAAAAAAGUGUCUGGAUGUUAAACCAGUUCUAGCUGGCAGAAAUGAUAUUGGAAGUGGUUGUAUGCCCAAGAAAAAAUCUCAGCAUUCAAGCAAAAACGGGAACUCGUUAUUGCAGAAAGAAUCAAAAAGUAGUACUUCAUUAAAAGAGAAUAAUAUAAAAAAGGAAGCAACUAUAAAUAAGCAGUUGGAGGAAAGUGCAAAAAUCAAUCUAAAAUCAGAGGAUGGUAAACUUGAAAAAGCUAAUAAAGUUAAGUCUGAAAGAAGUUCUUUGCCUGUUGAAAAGAAAAAUGGAGCCAUUGAAAUAAAGACUUCCAAGAGUUCUAGUAAGUAUGAUGACAGAGCUCACAUAAAACACCUAAAAAAAGAAAAAAGAAAGCAUGCAGAAGAUCAUAAACAUAGUCCAAACAAAUGUGCUAAAAUAAUUCCGUUAUCAGAAGUGCCUUCCAGCACUGUAAAUUCUUCUCCUGAAAAAAGUACCAUACCUCGGGUUAAAAGUUCAUCUGAAAGAAAAUCUAGAAGCAGACAUCACUUCUCAAAAGAAGAUCAACAAGAUCUGGAAUCUGCUGUUGUGGAUUGUGUAGCUCGCUUAGUAAAUACAGUUAGAGACCAGUUAGAUGCUUUAUCGACCAAAAAGAAAAAUCCCACCGAGGCCGUCCGUUCAAAUCGAGCUGCCUCUAUUGUUUCAAAGGAUAAAAACUCAAAAGGAGAGGUAUCAGAACUACAAGCACAUAGUUCUGUGAAAAGUGAGCACAAAACUUGUAUAUUGAAUGAAGAACUUGGAAGUGUUUCUGGAGAUGCAAAUGACAAGGGUAUUUCCACUUCAGUGUGUCACCAGUAAGAUUUUAUUAAUUUGAGCGAUUGCUUCUUGAUAAGGCCAUGUAUUUGAAAAAUUACUAUAAAAACUCCUUUGUAUAUAGUUUGUACAUAAAAUCAUAUCUAAUAGAUAUGUAAUUAGUUUUGGAAUUUAUCUGCAGACAAAAAUGAGAUUUUAAUAGAGGGAGUACUUUUGUUACGGCUUCAUUUUUAUGGACUAUCCACCUUUGUAUUAUAAGCAUUUUGUCAGAAUGCUUGUAUAGAUAUAGCAAUGUAUGUCAUUGUAAUUUACCUGUAUGUAUAUAGAUUGUUCUGAUACAGAGUGUGAAAUAUUUCCCAACACUGUCUAUGCAUGAAUAAUGCUUUAACCUUACAAAUCAAGGUUACCUAGUUCAUUAUUGUUGUUUACCAUAAAAACAUGGCACUCUGGUAGUGUUUUCUCUUACAAUUGUUUUAUGUAGUCUGUACAGCAAUCAGUUUUUGUUUGUAUUGAAAUGCGAGAUUUGUAUAGUGUAGUUUUUAUCAUUUGUGAUAAAUUUAUAUAUGUACAAAAUUUGCUUUUUUAAUGUUUUUUAUUAUUGUGUUAUUAAUUUUAAGUCCAUAUUGAGACAAAAUCUUCGAUUUUAUAGAAGUAUACAUGUGUGUAGUUUAUUUGAGAUGAGAAACCCUAAAAUCAUAUAUUCUUAAAAAGCAUUACAACAUUGUAUAGGUAUUAUUGGGAAAAUAGGGAAGAAUUCUUAAGUUAAUACUAGUUUAACAUGCAAGAACUUUUUUUUUUCUUUUUUGGCAGUUUUAUAUAUAUAUAUACAUACAUACAUACAUAUAUUUAUUCACAUGACUUACUUCUUAAGGUUGAAUUUUUGGUUUGUAAUAUUUUCAGAACCUUGUUAUAAGAAGGUAUAUCUAUGCAAUUUUUAAACAUGUCAAUAAAGCUGAUAUCAUAUUUGUGGUAUACUCAUUAACAUCUGUAUCAAAGAUCUAUUUAUUGACCUGCUUGUUUUAUGGAAAGUAUCAUAAUAAAAUCUGCAUAUGAGAAAUGUGCCGAGUGAAAAUUGUGUACCACUGCCGAAUCACCUUCAUUUGUGCAUUUAUCAUUCUCACAUUUGUAGUAUUAAAUUUCUUUCACGUUUCAAAAUUUUAUUUGUAUCCUAGUAUUCCAGGAUUAGUAGUAUUUAUUUAUACUCAUUUAUUUUUAUUUUGAAUUGCCCUUCAUAAGAACUUUAUAUGCAUUUUUAGUUUGUUAAUAUGUUCAUUUACUUUUAAAAUGCAAAUAUUUUCUUUCAAAAUUUACUACAGCAUUUUAUUGAUUUCAGAUGUAAUGUAUUUCAUGUGCUUAUGCUUUUAUAUAUAUAAUAUGCCUUAUAUGUCCUUUCCUUUAUACAGAUUUUUCCAAAUUUAAAUUCUUAGAAUUUUAACAGUUUCAUUACUGCUGCAUAAAUUUUUAAUUUCUCAUCCAAUAUAUUUCACGAUGGCUUCUUGUUUUAGUCUAUCUAUGCACUAUUGGCAGCAAGUUUGUUGUCCUUAAACAGUAAUUAAUCCAUAUUUCUCUGUUCAGUAAUGUUAUUAAUAUGUUUUCACAUUUAAUUGCUUUUAGUGUAUUGAAAUAUUAUAGAAUGUGGUUUUAAAAUGGGAUCUUAAAUGAUUCUUAUUAUAAAUAACUUCUUGUAUGUAUAAUUCCUAUACAUAAAAUUUACUAGUUUUUGCAACAAUGAUUUAUAUGUAAAUACAGUCAAACCUGGAUAUUCAUAUGCUAUAGGGCUUUUUUAAACGUAAGAAAAUUUAAUCAAAAUUAUACUUAAUAAUUAUUACUAUUGUAUGUAAUGAACCUUUGUUAAAUCAGAUUAUUUACAAAAUAUUUAUGUGCAUUAAGCAAUGAUUACAAUCAAGAGAAGAAAAAUGAUUGUACCUUACAUGCACAAAAUAUAAGUAAAAAGUUUAGUCAUGCAGUCACAUCUGAUUUGCUUAAUUAAACUAAUUAGGUUAUUUAUUGGACUCCUUGAUGAAAUAUUAAUUCUGUGCGAGUUACCUCCUUUCCAUGAGAAAAUAUUUGUCUGGAAAAAUAGGCAUGUUAAAGUCAGCUGAAUCAGUUUAACUUUUGUAUUUGUUUUCUGAGAAAUUUCUAUUCUUUUAAAACAACUUUCAGGAGUAUGUUGGAAGAAAUUAAAGGUGACAAAAGAAUAACAUGUAAAAUUAAAAAAAUUGUACUAAGAAUAUUUAUGCAUGUUCCAGUUAGCAUAUUAUGUUUUACAGAUGUUGAAUAAAUUAUUACCAAAAAAUAUAUGAAUAGGUACAGUAAAUUUAUCCCAAGCUGAAAAAAGAAAUUGAGCUCAUCGUUCAAUCCUGUUAAAAUUUAUUGAAAUGAAAAAUAGUUGAAGGUUACCGAGUCUGAAGCUUCUAAAUAUAACAGUAGAAUCAUAUUCUAAUAUCCAUGAUAAUAUUAUAAAAAUUUUAAUUGAAAUAUUUUUACUGUCAUAUAGAAAGGAUUUCGGGAGUAAAAUUCCUUUAUUAUGACAGGAAUAGAUCAAAUUAAUAGAUUCUCAACUUGAAACUUUAAAAAAUGAGAGAGAAGAUAUUUUGUAUCUUUUAUUCUCUUUUAAUUUUAUUUCAUUUGGAGAUUCUUCCCCUCUUUGUGAAAAUACAUGUUUUAUGGUAUUAAAAAAAUAAUAAAUCAAAUUGCUGUUUUGAAAUUAUUUCAUUCUUUUCUGGUCUAACAACUUUAAUCACAGCAUAGUAUUAUAAGCAGUUUUACGUGAUCUGUGUUAACUGUUAAAGGAAGCUCAGUUGAAUACUGUGAGGUAGUAUAAAUGAAUGCGUACUUUCACAAUAUCCAGUUCAAACAGACAGAAAAAGAAUCCUUCAUUAGCUGAAAUUAAUCCCUUCCUUCAAAGAACAUUUAUUAUUAUGUUUAGCAUUAUUAUUUAUAAAAGUAAAUAAAAAAAGUUCUUUAUAUUUGAUAUUUUUAAAUCAUUAUAAAAUUAGCUUAAAACUAAGUUGAUAGAUAAAUUCUGUUAUAAUGUUUUAAAAUAAUCAAUUUUUGUGAAUUACCAAGGUUUGAUUGUAAUUAUCUUAUACUGUUAGUUGCUGCUUCAUUUUAAUUGAUUGGAAAUUAAUAUAUUAUUUCCAGGAAUUCAUUAUUUCUGUAAAUAUAUCUGAAGAAUUUUAAAUGGUUUACUCUCUGAAAUGUUUAGAGGAAUUGUUUUAAUUACUUUUCAUUUGAGUAGUAUCGAAAAACAAUGUUUUUAUGAGUGAUUCUUUAUCAUGUGUAAGCAAGUAAAUUUAGAAUUAUAGCUCCCACAAAAUCGAAGUUCUUUUCCUUUUUUGUGUAUUUAAAUAGUAAGUAAUCUGCACUUAUUUUUAAAAACUCAAGAGCUGUGUGAUGUGCUAUGAAGUUAGUGCAUUCAGGUACAUAAUUUAAAUUUAAAAUGCCUAGCUAAAUGUAUUUCCCAUCUUCCUGGAGCCUUAAAUGCAGAAACCUUUUUUUUUUUUUUUUUUUUUUUGUUUGUUUGUUUGUUUGUUUGUUUCUUUAUUCCUGUAAUAUUUCUUAACAAAUAUUAAGAUUGGUUACAUUUUUUUGUUGUUGUUUUUGUUUUUGAAGUAAGAAUUGUUUACACUGAGCUUGAAAUAGCUUUCUUGUUUAUAAAGUUUGGCAGAACGUUGCAAAAGUUUGGAGUUUUUUAUAUUUGUGAUACUAAAAGGUUUAUUAAUUGCACUUUUUUUUUUCUGAAUUUCUAUAUUCUGUCUUCUGUUCCAUUCAAAAAUUUGAACAAAAUUUUGUAUUGUACUUUUCUUAUAGCUGAUUUUAUUGUUGACUAAAUAUUUCUGUAUGCUUUUGAAUUCAUACUGUAUGAAAAAAUAGGAAUGUUGUUACUGUAUAUAAAAGGAAAGAUACUUUAUAAAAAGAAUUACAUUUUUAAGAAAAGGUUUCUUCAGAAUAUAUGCAAUAAAGCUAAUGACUCUCAGA